AUGGUCCGCACUCUGCUCCCCUACCGCUCACAGCCCCAGGACCUUCCCGCGUACUCUCCCAUCCACACCAAGGUCCGCGACCCUCGUUGCCCGCAGCCAGCCGCCCUGACCACCGUCCCCGCGAGCUCACGCUACUCGUACCACGAGACCACCCCCUCCCCCACCACCCCCACUCCGCCCCGCUCGCCAGUGCCCUUCGCGCGGCCACAGACGCCCUCGGACGUGCUCGACGCCGUCUCGCGCCUCCUCGCACUCACCAAGCAGCUCCAGGAGGUCCUCCACCUCUGGGGGCUCCGCCAGGCCCGCGAGGCCCACGUCAGCGACGCCUUCGUCCUCCUCGGCGCCCAGUUCAACACCACCGUCAUCCUCUUCUGGCAGCACAACGUCGACAUCAGCGACCUCUUCCACCUCAUCGUCCAGCUGCGCACCCUCCUCGAGCGCUGCCUCGGCGAAGAGCCCUCCCCCGCCGCCCUCGCCCGCUACACCCCCGCCGUCCGCCGCGUCGUCUACGACCUCCUCCAGGGCCUCCGCAGCAAGCAGCAGCCCUUCUGGGCAGCCUGCCGCCGCACCCGCUGA